GGCGUGGUCACGGCACGUCAUCAAAAGUGGUCAGGAAAAUACAGUACUGUACACACGUGAAAACAUCCGUACGCCACGAUUCCAUUGAAUAAGUAUUGAGAGAAUUACACAUUUCUGAGCUGGUAGAAGAAAAGCAUCGUAUGAUUGGACUCGUUUUGUCUCUUAGUUUGUGAAUGUGAAGCGGUCAUGUGUCAAGUUGAAGAAGACUAUAAUGGUCUGGAGCGUAACCAGGAGAAGAUACCCGUGCCGACGUUUAACAGGAAGUGUGUGAAAUGUAAGGAGGGGACUGCUGUGCUCAUCAUUCGGGUCAAUGAUGCAUUUUGCCGGUCCUGCUUUAAGGAGUACUUCAUUCACAAGUUUCGGGCCAUGCUGGGAAAGAAUCGUGUCAUCUUUCCUCAGGAGAAGGUUCUUCUUGCUGUUUCUGGUGGCGCAGCCUCUUGCUCGAUGCUCUCGCAAGUUCAAGAGGGGCUGAGUCGAGAGGCUCCCAAAAAAUUACGAUUUGUGCCUGGAAUCAUACACAUUGAUGAUGGCGGAGCUUGUGGCCGGAGUGCAGACGAGCGGCAGGGGUCUAAUGCUCUGCUGAAGAGCAUCUUCACAGACACUGGCUUCCCUUACUUUAUAGUUUCUCUAGAGCAGGUUUUCAGUCUGCCUAGCUCUGUACUGGUGCCUGGCACAUCUGAUCCAGACCCGUCCAAUCCAGGCUAUAAACAAGCGGUGGAUCAGUAUAUCAAAGAGAAACAGACACUCACAGAAGAGAAUGUAGCCAGUGCUGUGGCUCAGCUCAGUUUAGAAGACUCUCCCGAACACAAGCUGGCAUUAGAGAGGCUGUUCUCCUCUCUGAAGACACUCACCGCCAAAGAGGAUAUGCUACAGACCUUACGGCUGCACCUGAUUCUGCACAUUGCCCGUGAGAACGGUUACUCGAAGGUCAUGAUGGGAGACAGCUGCUCACGACUGGCCGUCAAACUGCUCAGUAAUAUCGCUCUGGGUCGCGGAUCAGCACUGGCUUCAGAUACGGGUUUCUCGGAUGCUCGGUAUGGGGAUGUGGUGAUAGUGCGCCCCAUGAGGGACUACUCAUCCAAAGAGAUCGCCUUCUACAGCAGAAUGUUUAAUGUGCCCUCAGUUUUUAUCUCAGGACUGGAUACCAAGACCCAGGAUAAAGCCAGCAUCCAGCGACUGACGGAGAGUUUCGUCACCAACCUACAGUCUGACUUCCCCUCCACCGUUAGCACUAUCUACAGAACUAGUGAGAAACUUCAUACGGUAAUUCCUCCUCAAAGUCAAACGGCUGAACCUGCCUCUAAGUGCCUGCUGUGUCUC